GAGGAAGGGGCUGGAGUCUGAUGUUCUGCUGAAGUUUGGACGUUUUUCUGCUGCGUUUUUCUCCGCUCGAGGACGAGGACUGUGGAAACUAUUCACUUUGGUCCGUUAUGCGCGUGGAUCUGUGCGUGGAUCUGCGCGUGGGGCUCGUGUGGCUGGAGGAGCUUUACUUCUUCUUCUUCUUCUUCUUCUUCUUCUUCUGCUGCUGCUGUUCGUGGGAUUGUUUUCCAGCAGCUCUCACAGUUUAGACUCGUGUUUUUCUCCUGUGGCUCUGGACCUGCAGAUUGUUUGAUUGUUUUUGGAGUUUUUGUUUCUUUCUGGAGGAUUAUUUGAGCUGAUCACUUCAUCUUUUGUGACGAAGUGAAGUGAGGAGUAAACGAGGCGCCACAAAGAUGCUGCUGCUUUUACAAUGGAGGUGAAGAACUUUUCAGCUCUGGUCCUCGUGGUUUGUCUUUAUAUUUGCGCCGCGUUCAGCCAAGAACUCAACCCCAAAGGAAAGAAUGUCUGCAGAGCGCACGGGUCUCCAGGAGCUCUGUGCUGCAGUGGAUGGGGACAAUUAGGGGACGAAUGUCCAACACCGCUGUGUGAGGGAAACUUCACCUGUAAAGAAAAUGAGGUUUGCGUCCGACCGAACGAAUGUCGCUGCAGACACGGAUACUUUGGAGCGAGCUGCGACACCAAGUGUCCCGCUCAGUUCUGGGGUCCCGACUGUAAAGGCAAAUGUCACUGUUACCCCAACGGUCAGUGCGAUGACCUGACCGGACAGUGCACCUGUAACCACAACCGCUGGGGCCCCAACUGUGAACACGCCUGCCUCUGCCAGAAGGGCAAGUGUGACCAGGACACGGGCAAAUGCACCUGUCACCCAGGGGCCUGGGGCCCCCAGUGCAACAACAACUGUUACUGCAGCAUCAACUCCGUGUGCGACGCCAUGACGGGCCGCUGCCAGUGCAGCCCGGGCUGGAUGGGACGCAACUGCGCCGUCCAGUGCAACUGCAACAACUCCCCCUGCGAACAGUUCACCGGCCGCUGCCAGUGCAAAGACAGACUGUGGGGGCCGAGGUGCGAGCGCUACUGUCAGUGUGUCCACGGGAAGUGUAACCCCACAGACGGGUCGUGUACCUGUACUCCAGGAUACAGGGGCAAGUUCUGCAGAGAGCCAUGUCCGGCCGGUUUCUACGGUCAGAACUGUAGAUACAGGUGUGGACACUGCAAAGGGCAGCAGCCGUGUAAAGUGACAGAGGGACGCUGCAUCACGUGUGACCGAGGCUGGAACGGCACACGCUGUGAUCAGCUCUGCUCUAAAGGUUUCUUUGGUGAAAACUGUCAGGAGGUGUGUCCCACCUGUAAAGACGGUCACCACUGUGACCCCAUCCAGGGCAAGUGCUCCCACUGCAACGAGGGCUGGAUCGGAGACAGGUGUGAGGUGCGUUGUCCCAAUGGCACUUACGGCGAGAACUGCGAGAACAACUGCAGCCACUGCUACAACGGCCUGUGUCACUUUGCCACCGGAGAAUGUCUGUGUGACGCCGGAUUUUACGGGACGUAUUGCAACAUGACGUGUAAACCCGGACAGUACGGAGUGAACUGCAACCAAACCUGCUCCUGCAACACCAAGAACUGCGACCCCGAGUCCGGCGCCUGUUACCUCCAGCCUAACCAGCGCAUGGGCGUGAUCGCGGCGGGGACCUUGGUCGGCUUCUUACUCAUCGUCCUCCUCUCCGUGCUGUUCUGCUGCUGCCUCUGUCGACAUAAAGACGACCACAACAAAAAAGCCAAGAGGAUCCUGUGUGGACGAUUCAGCCGCAUCAGCACAAAACUCCCCCGUAUUCCACUGAGACGACAAAAACUGCCCAAAGUUGUCGUAGCCCACCACGACCCGGAGAACACCUUCAACUGCAGCUUCAUCGAGCCCCCGUCCUCCGCCGCCGUGGACCAGCCCUCCCCCUCCUCCUGGUCCUCCCAAGAGUCCUUCUCCUCGUUUGAGAGCGGAGACGAGGGGCCGGUGUACUGCGUGCCCCAUGAAGAGUCUGUAAACGAGAGCAAAGAGAAGCCCAGCCCAAGUCCACCGCCGGAGAAGUCCCCCGCCGAUAAUGAAGAGGACGCGGGAGAAUACACCUCCCUGAAGGACACCAGCGCCGCCAAACCCGAGAAACAGUCGCUAAAGGCCUGCGAGUCCAGCGAAGGCUCCACCUCCUCCGAAUCUACGUCUGCAGUGCUGUACGCCCGCAUCGCCCGGGGAUCCAAGCAGUCGAAAGAGGACGACGGCAGCGGCAAAGAAAGCACUCCCACACCUGAGGCCAAACGCAACGGGAAACCUCCACCUUCGCCAAAGCCAAAGCCGCGCCCGCCGGACCCAUCCACCAAACCCAAAGUGUCCUGGAUCCACGGAAACGCUACGGGGUCUCCACAGCCGGAGGAGCAGGCGAAAUCGCUCUCGGUACCAAAGGAGAAGAAGGGCAGAGGCUCCAGUGACGGUUCAGGGAAAAGCGAGGAGCGUCAGAAGAUGAAAGAGAAGAACAGAGAACAGAAAAAGGCGGAGGUGAAGGAGGUGGAUGCUAACAGUUCGCCCAGCAAACACAAGCCUCUGCGGGGGAAGAAGUCUGGGGAUGAGCACAGCAGCCCGAGCCACAUGGAGCACAUCAACGGUGUGGUCCAGAACGCACUUAAGAAAAUUAGCUAUUUCCACACCUCCUCGCCUGAGAAGAAAAGCGCGGAAAGUCAGAAGGAGGUCCCCAAAGAGCCUCCCAAAGUCAUCCAUCCUCAUAUGAACUCUGAGGCCGCCACGCUUCUGGCCGCUCAGCUCAAAGAGAAAACACAAAGCAUCAACAGAAACGAGGGCACGGGCCUGAACAAGACCAACGGGCUCUCGACUCCUAAGGGAACUCGAGAGAAGCCCACUCCUCCGCAGAAAGCCAAGAGGACGUCGUCCACCGGCUCCGCUCAGCAGGGCUCCACCAAGCCCCUGCUGCCCACCACCAGCAGCCUGCAGAAGAUGGUGGGGCCCAUCACCGCAGACAACGAGAGCCCUGAACCCAAGAGCCCGGAGAAGCAGGACUUGAACGGCUCCAAGGCAGGAGACUCGGCGUCGGACUUCACAUCCAAGAAGACCCCCAUCAAAAAGCCCCCCAGAAAGAAGGGCAAAGAUGGUACUCUGGAAACCUCGGAAAAUAAGACUCCGCAGCAAAAGACUGCCAUGAUGCCACCACAGAUUGUGAAGUGAGUUUCUUUACUGAGAUUAUGGAUGUUCCAGGGACAGAAAUGCAGAACUUUUCUCACAAGGAAUCCAAGUCUAUUUGGAGUGUGUUGUGAAUUCAGUCUAAAAGAAAGUCCUGGUAAGUUCAAUAUAAAACACUUAUAUCUUUGCAGCUUUGUAUUUGGUCACGAGAACCGUCCUAUGAUCAGUUUCAUAUUCUAAGGGCAGCAGCACGGACACAGCUUUAAACGUAGCACAAAAACCAAGAGCUUAACCUGGUCCACUGUGAGACCACUGUUUGUUCCUUAUGUUUUCCAUCAUAGGUACUACAACGCCCAAAAAGAUUGAAGAAAAUUUGGUCCUCUUCAAAAUUAAGUGUUUGUUCUUUUCCUUUUUAUCGUCAUCUUGUAAAUAUUUAUCACAUCUGGACAGUUUUUGCUACUUCUGUGGGUAAAUUGUUAUGAUUCUUUUGCAUUUCCCUCGGAGCAUCAUGUUUGUUUGAAGCUUUGCAGCAGAAGAUUUCAGGUUGUAUUUUUUAUGUUUGUCAGUCACAGUUUGCUGGAUCCCAAACAGGCCCUUUGAUCUUCAGGAAAUACAGAGAUUCAAAACCUCACAAAAAACCAAAUCGCCACAAUGCACUUUUAUUGUACGCUUCAUUCAGUCAGUGAAACCACUAAACCAGAAGUAAAAUCUAAGCUACUCUACCAUCACCUUAACCACUCUGCCUUUGGUGCAAUGUGACCCACAAACGCAGCAGCUACAUUUUCUAAAGCCUUUUUUUAAUUGACCUUUGACACAGUUUGACUAAAGUUUCUAAAAACUUAAUGGUACCCUGCUUCAUAUGAAAAGGCCUGUGGAUUCAUUUAAGGAGACGAUCUGUGCCUUGAAUCUUUAGUUAAUGGAGAUAUGAUUGGAUGUGUCUUUUCUUUUUUUAAUUUUUGAAGAGCUGUAGCUCCUAAAGCCAAUGCAUCAGUGCCAAAUAUUUGUUCCAUUUUGUGUCACGGUACCACCAUUUAGUCUGUUUUUAUGGGUGUACAAUGUACAUUGUGUAUUUUUAUUGUGUUUGUAAGCUGUGCUUAUAUGACCUUUUAUUAUCUUUGAAUGAACUGGCUUUCAUGGUAUAUUUGGUUUUAUGGAAUGUAGCUUUUUGUGCUGAAAACCCCAAAGUACAAGCCUUCUCCUGUAACGUUUACAUGGGCUUUGUAAUUGUCCUCUGUUGAUGUUAUUGUUCGUCUGACACUAACUGCAUGACGCAGAGUGGAAUUAUAUGGCAUUAAUAGCUGCACGGGAAAUCUGUAACCUCAUUGUUCUUUUUUAUUCUGUUUUGUAAAAACGUCACAGACUGUACAUUUUGAUGCCACUGUCCAAACUCAUUCAUAGAAACUUUAGUUUUACUCUUUGUCUGACUGGCCCGAGUUGGGCCUGAAAGCUGCAAAAAACAACUGUAUGGAAUAUUUAGUAUUUUGUGGUUUUGCAACUAUAUUUUUCAUGAGUAGUGAACUGGUGUUUCUUUAUUUACUUCUUUGGAAUAAAAUGCAAUAUACAGAA